CACUUUCUUUAAAUCUCUGCUCUUUCUCUAACUUGUCUCUUUAUUCCAUUCCAAUCUCACUGCACAUUGUCUUUUAAGCUCAAUACCAAUUUUCAUGAAUCUUCAUAAUAUUCCAGUUCUUCGCUUCUCUCUCUAAAAACCAGAAAACACUUCUGCCAUGGCCAAACUAUCUUCUCAGUGUCUCUUCUUCCUCUUCUUAUGUCUGCUCACUCUCUGUUCUUCAGGUACUAAACUGGGCUUUCUCUAUAAUGCUAGAGAGAAGAACACUGGAGAUUCAUCAAUUACCAGAAAACUGUCAGUUCUUGAGGAAAAUAAGGUUUAUGUAUCUUAUGUUAAGGUUUUAGCUGCAGAUCAUAGUGUUUUAAGUUCACUUUCUAGUUCAAAUGUGUCUGUUCAUCUUUACUUAGAUGACAGUUUAGUUGAGAACUUUUUAAAUUCUAAAUCUUCUGCUAUUUUAUGGGUUAAGACCUUCAUAUUUCCUUUUAUGCCCCGUGUCAAUAUCAGGAGUUUAGUGCUAAGAGGUGGCAAUGACAUGUCUAGGGUUUUAUCAUCAAUGAAAUUGAUCAGUUCAGUUCUGAGGGAUUUAGGUUUUGACAAUGAAGUUAAGGUCUCUGUGGCAUUUUCAUUGUCAUUCUUGGAGAGUUUGGAUAGAAAACAAGAAAAUGAGCUGAAUAGGGUUUUAGGGUUUAUCAAGAGACUUAGGUCCUUUGUUGUUGUAGAAGGGAGUUUUGAAAAUAGUGUUGAAUCAAUGAUUAAGAAAGCUACACUUGUCAGUUCUAUACUUGAUUGCGAUGAUGUUGAUGUAGUGAUGACACUCGAGUCGAGUAUUGUCGAUCCUAGUGAUGAACAAGUAAUUGAAUUUGCUGCUAUGGCUUUACAAUCUUUAGAGAAUUCUCAGAUUGCUGAGUUGUAUGUAGAAGUAUCUUCAGUAGCAGGUUUUGUAGCGAUAGAGCAGGAACAAAUCUUUCAUUCUGCUCGUCGCGAACUCAUGAAAACUGUAUCGCACGAUGCAAUCAAUCCACCGAUCACUCUUCCCUCAGACAAUCCAACACCAACAAUAGUCACUGUUCCUGCUACUAAUCCUGUCACUAUAACACCGGGUAAUCCGGCAUCCGCUCCUAUACAAAUUCCCUCCACUACACCGAUUUUGUUUCCUCCUAGUAAUCCUGCUGUUAACCCGCCCGUACCAUUCACCACUCCGGUCUCUACACCUGCAGCGCCUAUUACAGUUCCUGGGAUGCAACCGAUUACUAAUCCUGUGACAACGUAUCCUGCCCCGACAGGAAAUGUUCCUGGAACAACACCGGCCGUAAAUCCUGUUACGCCUCCUGCGACAACAAAUGCUCCAGCAGUUCCAGGACAGAGCUGGUGCAUAGCCAAAUCUGGUGUCUCGGAAACUGCCCUUCAAUCAGCACUGGAUUAUGCUUGCGGAAUGGGAGGUGCUGAUUGUUCGCAAAUCCAACAAGGUGGGAACUGUUAUAAUCCAAGUACUCUCCAAAACCAUGCUUCGUAUGCAUUUAACAGCUAUUAUCAGAAGAAUCCUACGGCAACCAGCUGUGAUUUCGGAGGGACAGCUAGUAUAGUCAGUAGCAAUCCGAGUACUGGUUCCUGUGUUUUUCCGUCAUCGUCGUCGUCAUCAACCUCAUCAUCGUCAUCACCACCAGCAUCAACAUCAUCAUUGCCGACACCAUCAACUCCAACUACAACUCCAAUUACAAAUCCAGCAACUACACCGUCAACUCCCAUGUCUGGAGAUUCAGGAACUGUAACUCCGCCAUCAGUUUUAAACUCGAGCAGCCCUGGAUCAGAAACCCCUACAGUUUUUGGAUCUGACACUCCUCCUGGUUUCAACACUUCCACAUCGAGAUCAGCUUCUUUGCGUCCAUUUUUCGGUAGCAUCAUUCUGGUAACAAUAUUUGUGGCCAGAACAAUCACUCUGGACAUAUAGAAGAUAGCGUUUCUCCAUGUAUAUUAAAUGCUUGGAAGCUUAUGCUUCACUUACAGAGUUGCAGACACCAUAGUCAUUACAACACGGAAACGAAAGAAUUCUGCAAAGGCUAAUAUAAGAGCUUAGAUCCUGCUAAAGAUUGAACAAACUGUGACGAACUUGCUCGGAAUGUAAAGAUGACUACUGAAGGUAAAAUAUUAUUUCUACAUGGAACAUAAUUGCAUGUUUAUUUAUAGACUUUUCUAUUAGUAGUAAGAAAGUAAGUUGGAUAAUAGUUUGUAGUAGUAGUAGUGCAAAAGCAAUUCCAUUUCUGUAUAUUUUUGAAGUAGUAAAGGUUCUAGUUUAGCA